AUGGCAUUUGGCUCAGGAGGAUUAGGAUCGAGUCUUGGUGGAUAUGGCCGUCGCUUGGGUGGAUUAGGUGGCGGAUUAGGCGGCGGAUUAGGUGGCGGACUAGGAUACCGACCAGAAAUUAAUUUAUUAGUACCAUGGACACAGCAAUUUGCUGCUAGUUACAAUAGUUUUAUUAAUGGUGGUGCAGGAGCAGGCCUUGGAUUUCCUGGAGGAUUUUCUGGAGGUCGCGGGUUCCCUGGGGCAGUUGGCGGGUUUCCUGCAGGUGUUGGGGGUAUCAAUCUUCCUGUAAGUUAUUCGUUUAUUACACAAUUGUAUUUUGGUCAGAAAUUGGCUAGUAUGUAG